UUCGAAAUUCAGUUCCUCUUGCGCCUAGUCGUUCUGUUCUUCUGAAUUAAUUAUUUUAAUACUGCUUUAAUACCCGUGUUCAGAAAGACACAAUGAAUAUCGAUGACAACGUUGCAGCGGGAUAUUUGCGAAUCACCACCCUCGCUUUCGUUCAGGCUGGACACCUUUCCGAAGGUAGGAUCGGGAAUAUCCAUGAAAAUACGAGUUCAAGAAAUUGAGAAAUAGACACGAUCACUGAAACAAGAACUUUAUUAGUCGGACGUUUUGGAUUCAUGCUCGAAGUCAUCAUCAAAGGCGGCAUUAGAUGCGACCAAUUUAUACACAAGGGGUCGUAGUAUUUGUAGGGUUCAGUCGCUGUGGUACCUAUAACAAUUAACGUCUCUCUCCUUUGUCGAAGAUAGUUGCCCUUGGUGGGAUAAUUCUUUGAUGGACGGCAUUCAAGUCGUUUAUUGCCCUAGUUUUAUCACCAGUGUUGGGUGUUGGGAUGAUGUGUAACGUGGACCUCUGGGACCGCGUACUUGUUAUCUAAGGUUUGCCAUGACAAAUUUGCUCACUCGGUGGAAAGUGACUGAACUGUCGGAUACAGUGUCUCGGCCCGCCGGACUGUCACAGGCAAUGGUUCCUAAAUGUGAAUGUGCGAAAGCGGCUGGAAUUUGCUGAGUUCAGUCAUCAUCACUGGGGAUAGUCGUUGUCUGUGCAGAUCUUUAUGCAACUAUUUGACAUUCGAAAAACCGCCUCUGAACAUGAACCUUUCGAUAGGGUGUCUACCUGAAUGGCGCAGGUUCAUUUUAAAAUUCAGUUACUCAGGGGUAGGAGAAGGACACAUCUCCACUCCUCUACAGCUCACCAAGGCGUAUUGCUAUGGGCAACGAUUUUAAACUCUGAGAUAUAUUAGAGAUAGGAAAAGAUUCCUUACUGGGAUAAGGUGAAAUUUUGUUCGCCUCGAAUGAAUGAGGUAACCUAACAAAGUACAAUAACACAUGUAAUUGGCUUUUCAUAUUUUUGCAUAGUCAUAUUGUUUCUUUCUGAGAUGAGCUCAACUCAGAGUUUGUUCAUCCUUUUGAAGCCUUUUUUCUUAUCCAAAAAACGUGAUGCCGUGUGAACGCAUUUUAACUUCGAAAGUAAGGCUCGACCACUAAUUUAGAGUGAGGGAUGAUGUGUAACUUGGACCUCUGGGACCGCGUACUUGUUAUCUAAGGUUUGCCAUGACAAAUUUGCUCACUCGGUGGAAAGUGACUGAACUGUCGGAGACAGCGUCUCGGCCCGCUGGACUGUCACAGGCAAUGGUUCCUGGAACCUGGUUCGGGUCCAGGUCGUAUGCGGCAGCCGCGUGAGCCACCUCUCCAUCUGCCGCCAGAACACAGUUGGCGUGAGACUGAUGCCAUAAAAGUGUCCUUCAUUGAAAACACAUCCACACACAUAAGUUACCACUGUGUCCUCUUGGGGACAUUGGUGUUUCUCGUUGUUGACGGCAGAGGCAAACUGCCUUCUGUCGGACUGUCACAGGCAAUGGUUCCUACAGUGAGUGACCGAUCUCAUGAAACGUUGGCUGAAAUUCUGAAACGCGUUUUCGGUUAGGAAGGAUUACUUAGGCGCGGUUGUAAUACUGAUUAUCUUGUGGCAUAAUCCUAUACUAUCUCGGACCCGACAGGAUGUCAGCUUUUAAAUACACUGCCUUCCAAUCUCCUGUAGAAACCGUACUGGGUAAAAAAUGACUACUUAAGUAGCAUGCAUUUUCCCCAUUGAUAUUCGGUGGUCAUGCAAAUUCAAAUAUAUCUUAUAGAAGCCAUAAACGAAAAUACGCUUUCAUUCAGUCGUCUGAUAGAGAAUCACGUCUUCUUUAUAUUUCAUACUCAAGGAAGGAGUAUAAUUAGGUUUUAAAAAAGUUUCUAAUUAUGAGAUUUUUUAAAACCGUGCAAUGUCCAUUCAUACGGCGUCGUACCUAUACGUUUGCCACUGCUCCUCAUGAAAUGUGCAGCAUAGUCCGCAUCCACUGAACAAUUUUAUGAACUCUAUAUGAUAUCUUUUUAAAGGCCUGGAAGAGUGUACGAUUUUCUUUACGCGGAAGGCAUGCACCUUGUAGACUGAAAUCACCAAUCGCUAGUGCAACGAAUGAUCAGGCUCCAAAUUUUUCGGCAAUUAGGAAACUCUUUUAUACUCUUAUACUCCUUCUUCGAGUAUGAAAUAUAAAGAUGGCGUGAUUCUCUAUCAAACGGCUGAAGGAAAACAUAUUUUUCUCCGUGCUUUCUCUAAAAUAUAUUUUAAUUUGCAUGACCACCGAAUAUCAAUGGGGGAAAUGCAUGCUACUUAAGUAGUACAUUUUUUACCGAAUACGGUUUCUACAGGAGAUUGAAAAGCAGUGUAUUCAAAAGCUGACAUCCUGCCGAGCCCGAAAUGUUAUAGGAUUAUGCCAUAAGAUAAUCAGUAUUACAACCGCGCCUAAGUAAUCCUUCCUAAUCGAAAGCGCAUUUGAGAAUUUCAGCCAACAUUUCAUGAGAUCGGUCACCCACUGCAAAUGUGGCCGUUAUGGUGUUCGUUUAUGCGAGAUCUGAAACCUGAUUCAUGCGUUGCUCGGGUCCAGGUCGUAUGCGGCAGCCGCGUGAGCCACCUCCCCAUCUGCCGCCAGAACACAGUUGGCGUGAGACUGAUGCCAUAAAAGUGCCCUUUAUUGAAAACGUAUCCACACACAUAAGUUACCACUGUGUCCUCUUGGGGCCAUUGGUGUUUCUCGUUGUUGACGGCAGAGGCAGACUGCCUUCUGUACAGGUCGUCGAAUCUUCUGCUCGUCUGUGGAAGUCACGCGUUGUAGAAAUUGACACAACAUCACAAAUCAGAACUGUUGACACCACAUAGGCACUCUGCGCCUCCCUAGGAGUGGAGGAAAUUUCGCCAACCUAUCUGAUAAUUGCGAACUCCGCCGACCACCGCGCCAAUCCCCGAACCGCGGUAUUGGGAAAUCUAUAACUCUGACUGGGUGCUGGAUGCAGAUUUUGCUGCCUUUCAGGCAACUGGCAUCUUCUCCGAUUUGCUCUCACUCGCCUCGUGCUGGGAACCAUUUUUUGCAAUAGCUUUCAUUUUAAUUACUUAAUCAACAGUUAUUUCUAAUUUUCGCGUUUUACCCUUUUCUUUGCAGUCCGACGAGGAGACUGACCUACGAGCUCCUUUUCCAAAGGUAUCGCAUUCCGUAAGCUAAUUACACUUUGUUUUAGAAAAAGAACAAACAUAAAAAACGGCCCAAGAAGUCUGGACGAAAGGGUGGAAAGAGAAAACGCUUUUGA